AUGAAGCUGAUAGUGAUGUUCACUGCGUGUAUGCUAUGGUUGAAGUGUCAUCUCUGUGCUCCUACAUGGAAGAAGAUGGAUCCACAAAUAAAUCUCAAAAGCUUAUCUGAAAUCGGAGAGAAAUAUGUAGAUGAAGAGAUGAAGAAAGCACUGAUUGGAAUUAAGCAGAUGAAAACCAUGAUGGAAAGAAAUGAGGAGAAACACAAAGAGCUAAUGAAAACCCUGAAGAAAAGCGGCAAAGAAAAGAAGGAAACACAGCGACUUGUGGAUGAAAUUAAGGAAAGGCUGGAAGAGGAGGAGAGGCGAUGCCAGAUGUCCUUGAUGGCUUCAUGGGAUGAAUGCAAGUCAUGUUUGGAAAGCAUCUGCAUGAGAUUUUAUACCACUUGCCAGCCAAGUUGGUCCUCUGUGAUAGAUAAGGUUGAAAAGUUUUUCAAAAAAAUACCUCCAAUCAUUUUUCCUCUCCGUGAAGUUCAAGGGAGAGAUGCCCCCUCCAGUGGAAACCUUGAAGAGGAGGAAGAGGAGGAGGAGGAUGUCCAGUUCACAAAGAUGGAGGAUCAAUUUGGCCAGCUAAGCCUGGAUAUCAGCUCCCUGUUUGAGAGGAGUACUGAUUUUUUCAGACAGAUCCAGCAAGAAUUUGAUUUGACUUUUCAGUCUUAUUUCCUGUCUGACACAGAGGUAACUAAGCCUGCGACCUCAGAGGCCCCAAAGAGAAAUGUUGGUUUUUUGAAGAACUGGGAGAUCCCCAACCUCUUUCAGCUAAUUUUUGAUUUUAGCCGAUCCAUUUUUGAAGGUGUGAGCGAAGUGAUGACUGAAACCCUGAACAGACUCCAGGAGACAAUCAAGGAUUUGUCAGAACAAGCUAAAGUCAAGAGAAAGAUGUUGAUGGUAUUGACUCCUGUACGAUCAGAAAGUGACCCUGAAAAUUUGGACCAAAGGGGAGUGCUUACUGAGCUCUCACCGGGACAUAACAGAGCACUGUGUGGACAACUGCAACGGAAUUCUUCUAAAUGUCUCCAAUUUAAUGAGAGAUGCCAAAAAUGUCAGAAUAACCUAUUGAAAGAGUGCCCUGGGGUUCCCGAGCUGCACGUGAACUUUGACGAUGCCUUCAGACUAGCCAAUGUGUCCAAACAUCAGUUUGCCGAGAUCUUCCAAGUGGUAGAGCAUCAUAUGGAAGACACCGUCUAUUUGAUGGGGAAGUUGAGAGAGAGAUUCGGAUGGGUGUCUGAACUGUCCAACCGGACUGUAAGAUCUGAGAACAUCUUCAAUGUGGCCCCACGAAACCAAGUAGAAAACUCAGCCGAUCCAAAUGACACGGAGGUGGAGGUAAAUAUCCUGACUUCACCCACUUUAACCAUCAGGGUUCCUGAUGAGUUAAGCCCGGAAGACUCAGCCUUCAUUGAAUAUGUAGCUGAAGAAGCACUGCGGCAUUACAAACAGAAUUUUUAA